AUGGCAGAAUUUGUAAGAAAGGGGAAGCAGAAAGUGGAUGUGCGCUACGAAAACCCAAGUAUUCCUUGUAAAAUCGAGAAAAGUUUUCAAGGUUACUACAGUGAAAAUGACUUACAUUCGCUUGAAGAUGUCCUCCAAGAUCAGGUACAGUUGGAAUGCAUUUUUGUUGUAAAAGUUUUGGUGACGCCUCAUGGUUAGAUUCAAAAUCUUCUUGCUUAUGCGUACUUACACACAAUUCUCUUGUUUUUUAUCAAUUUUUUUAUAAUGAUGAUAUAAAUCGAUAAGAUCUUUCUAAGUAAUUUUAUUCCUUUUUACGAUUUGCCUUUCUAUCCUUCUCCCAUGAACCAUGUCUAAAAAUUUUCAUCAACGCAUUGAAUAGAAAGUGUGCUGCAGGAAAUUGUAUAUCAGUCACUUCAGGAGGUACGAGACAAUGAUAUGGCUAAAGCUUCCGCAUCUAAUUAUCCAAAACAUAAUCGUGAACGUGGCAAAGGCAGUAGAAGUUCUCCGUCUACUUCCAUGAAUUUUAACUCGCAGCUGUUAUUGGAUGAAGCCUUAGCUAGAGAACUGCAAUGUGUGGAAGACAACCUUGCUGCUACUUCCUUAUGUGGUACUGAGAGGACAGCAGGUAGGGUGAACCCUUGUUCGAAAUUUCAUCCCGUGGAAGGUCUCUGUCGCUAUUUUUUUGUGUAUAGAGGCUGCAUUAAUCGGUGUACUUUACUCCUUUCGUCUGGUUUCCUAUUUGACUCUUUUGUUUGCAGCAUUGCCUGUCAAUACCCAUGGUUCUAUCCAUCAGUCAAAAUUUUCCUUUUGGUUUUCUCAAGAUAAUGCUUGCAUUUAGGUCGGACAAGGAGUGGCUACACUCUCGACCAAAUUAUUCGUUUAUGUAAUAAUCAAGAGUUCUUUCGAGAACGUGCUAGAGAUACAUCCUUUCCGGAAUUAUUUAGUUUCUUACAUAGUUUUUUUCCAGGAAAGACAUGUUUAAUUAACAUCAAUGUUUUUCUUGCAUAAGUAUGUAUAUAUGCUUAUAACUUCAUGGCUUCAUGGAAGCCCAUAUCUUCUUGAAAUUAUGACCACCAAAAAUGUAUCUAUUGAAAAAAAUUCAGUUAUUUUCUUAUCAUUUUCCUUUUCAUGGUCGUCAGCUUUCAUAACCAAGCCAUAUUGAUUUUUCUGCUAUUUGUUUUCGUGCUGUCUGGUUCUGAAAGGGACAUCAGUCGAACUUGGAAAUGAUGUGACAAUUGCAACGGGCAUAACUGCUUUGGUAAAAUGCUUUUUAUGAAUUGAUUUGUCUUUAUUUUUAACGGAUUUAUAGCCCAAUGUUUUUGAUUACUCAUAUUUAUCGACAUCCCCACUUUGAUGUGCAGGCUACUGAGCAAGCCGGUAUCGUUUCAGACAAUGCGACUUAUGAGGUUGUCUGAACCAUCAGAUGCAGCCUGUCCUGCCAUUUUGACGUUUGGUUUUUGCUUUCCAUUGCUGUAUGACGUCAUUUAUUAAUGCUCUUUGAUGAUUUCCUCUUGAGAAGACUAUCUCAUGGCAUUUAUUUUGUCCAUAACAUUUCACUGAAAGUUCUCAUACUCUUUCCUCGAAAAUAUGUGAUUUCGGUAGAAUAUUCGCGGUUUAUCUGUCAAUCUACUUGUCGAAAUUUGUACUUUCUAGAACAGAGCUUGCAAUUUGCUGGCUUUCUUUUGAGGAUCGACAAUUGUUUAUCUGCUGCUAUAAAGCAGCUAAAUGUACACACCAUACGGCAAAAGAAGAAAAAAGAGAAUUAUAUAUAAAAAUGAAGGAAAACCGAGGUUUCUUUUAUUAUAUGACAAGGCGCUUAAUAGUACGGGUUGAGCUAAAAGAGAAUGAAUGAGUCUCUUUUUUAUUUUAGUUGUUGGUCAUGAUUUUUUUCCUACAACUCCCCCCCAACCUCCCCAAGGAAAAAGAGAAAAAAGGAGCUUACUGUUUUCGUGAAUAUUCCCCAUAGCAAUUUUGUUUUUACAAAUAUAGGAUUUAACUUGUUUCAUUCUUAGAAUUUUGUUGUGAACUCGAGGAAAGAUCAUUGUUUCAACUAUGGUGGCUUGAAUAAGUAUCUUUGGCCCACCUCGCAAGAAGGUGUAUUCCAUUUGUGAAUGUCCUGUCCUUUUUCGGUCAACUUUCCAAAAAAAUUCAACAAUUCUUUCCUACGGCUGGACUCGAGGAAAGAUCAUUGUUUCUUGCAAUAAAAUCAGAUACAGUUGGAAUUGCAAACUGCAUAUGGAGGGUCCUUGAAGGUUCUUCUUCAGUGCAUGUUUUAUAUUAAAAUCUGCUGUCAUCGCAUAGAUAUUUUUGGAUUGCAACCUUUCUUCUUGUCACUGUUAUGUGCCAAAGCAUGGUUUCUUUCUGAAUAUUAAGUUAUUCUCGCUAGCUCGGAUGAACUCUUGUUUCUGUUACCAUAAAGAGAGGACGUCUGGCUCUCUAAGAGUGAGGAUUCUUGCAUUUCACUGAGUGAUAGAUUAGGUUUGUGGAUAAACGCACUUAUCAAAAGGAAGUCAGCCUAGCCUGUAUAGAAAAGUCAUAAAGCAAGUAUAUGAAAUCCCAAGCUCUAUCAAUUUUAGAUUCGAAGUAUGGUCCAGUGAAAUGGCAGUUGUAACUAGUGGAUAACAGUACUCUUUAAAAACAAUAACUCAUGUUCUUUUGUUCUCAGUGUGACAAAAAUCUUGAAAAGAUCGUAAACGGAUCAUACUUUGUGGUAUCCUGCAUGAUCUUAGUGCCAAGAACAGAGUCCUUUCUGUUCGAGAAGUUACUGGCCUAUUUCAAUGAACCACAUAUUUGCAUCCACUUCUUGGAAUGAAUCCAAUUCAUAUUGAACAAAUUAAUUUGCAAACAUUUAUGGGAACUUCAGUAUUAUAGCUUUUAUUUUCUUUAGUCGGUGCAAUUCAAAAUUCUCAGUUUUUGGACCCCUUGAUCAUCAGGAAUUGCAAUCUCUUGGUGAAGCUAUUGGUACUGAAUCCAGAGGGCUGUCAGAUGAGCUCAUUUCCUUCUUGCCGCCUUUUACAUACAAAACUGGAUUCUUCUCAAGGAAAGACAAAUAUGAUAAGUAAGCACUAUUUGGUUAUGAUUUUGUAAUUUUUUAUUGGUUUAUCGGUUGAAUUCUUUGUGGUAUACUACAUGACUGAAAGCUUUUGUGAUUUCUCUUAAAUUGCUCAGAAAAUUAACUAUUCUUGUUUGCCUCCUCCAGCAACAAAUAUUCGCCUUGGGUGAACACAUUGUAUGUAACCAGCUUCCUUAUUCCAGUCAGUUUGCACAUGAUAAGUAGAAAUCUAAUGGUCACUAGGCACUUUCCUUUAGCCAGUUGCCUGCAUAAUGCAAAUUCUGAUGAUUUCCCUUUGGAAGAAACAAGUUAUAGAGUAGGAUAAAAGGACACUUGGAUUACGUUUGCCCCGUUUGCCCUUUCUCUGACCUGCUCUUAAAUAGUUGAAAUUUAUAUUUCAUAGAUUUCAGAAAUAUUCUAUGCGCCAAUAGUUUUGUAUUUCAACGAUCAGGAGAAUUAGAGGGUUAGUUAGGGAAGUUACAGAGACGAGGGUAAAAUGUUGGAGGGAAACGGUGGUUGCUAUAUCUAACGUUGUGAUUCAACUAUCUGAGAACCCAAUCAUAAGAAUGCCCUCUGCUCACAGCAUCAUCUCGACCAUCAGAAACGAUUGUUUCUCAGGCAAAUUGAGCUCAGACUUGGGUUUUGUGAGUGAUCUUGUGAUCCCAAGAACGUUCAUGUCAGUCAGUCUUUAAUCCCAUCCCCCCCCCCCUCCCUCUCCUCCUCCAUUGCAUUUAUUCUUGCUGCUUUAUGAUCAAAAUUCGUACAUUUGUACUUAAUACAGAUGUGCAAUCUGCUGUGAUGAUUACAAAAAUCGAGAAACCUUGAUCACCUUACCCUGUCAACAUCACUAUCACUCUGUCUGCAUCAGAAAAUGGCUGAAGAUUAAUAAGGUGGGUUUCUUUUACGUGUCUUUUAAUUUUUCAUAAUUGCUCUAAAUCAUCAAUGUCCCGUUAUAUUGUCUGAAAAAUUAAAAAAUUAAUGUGUCUUGUAGAAUACUUCGAUCAUAUUAUUUUCCACAUAUUAUUUAUAAUAUGGGGGGUUGAAUAAAUUUAAGAUUAUUGCACUUGUACUAGUAUCCUCUACCCUUUAUAUGCACUCAUUUUUUAUGGUGAUUGCCAAUUUUUUAAACUCGAGAGUCGUUCUCGUCAUUCUUUCCCUUUCCACAUAUUUCUUUGUAAUAAUGUAAAGAGAUGGACCAAAUGGUGUCUCAACAGGUGUGCCCGGUGUGUAACAAUGAGGUCUUUGGUCCCUAG